UCAUCCUCCAGCUUCCCAAGCCUUCAUGUUUUUCAUGCUCUUGUCUUGAAGUUCCAAAUCUUUAUUAACAAUAUUAAAAACAUGCAAAUUUUCUUUGUUUCUCUCAUGCUCAAACCUCAUCUGAUGCAGCUUAUAUAGGUGCUAAUUCACAAUAUUUUGUAUUAGAAAUGGAUAGGAAAUCAACCAUUCUAAUGAAUAAAUAUGAGGUAGGACGCAUGCUUGGGCAAGGAAAUUUUGCCAAAGUUUAUCAUGCAAGGAACAUAAAGACGGGGCAAAGUGUUGCCAUUAAGGUGUUUAACAAAGACAUGAUCAUGAGGGUUGGUUUGAAGGAACAAAUCAAACGCGAAAUCUCGGUGAUGCGCCGCGUUACACAUCCAAACAUAGUCGAAUUUUACGAGGUCAUGGCAAGCAAAACAAAGAUAUAUUUCGCAAUGGAACUCGUGAAAGGCGGUGAGCUUUUCAACAAAGUGUCACGAGGGAGGCUGAAGGAAGAUGUUGCUAGAAAAUAUUUCCAACAGCUUAUUGAAGCUGUUGAUCAUUGUCACAGAAGAGGGGUUUAUCACCGCGAUCUUAAACCGGAAAAUCUCCUCCUCGAGGAGAAUGGUAAUCUCAAGGUUUUGGAUUUCGGCCUUAGCGCGUUGUCGGAAUCAAAAAGUACAGAUGGUCUUCUUCAUACAACAUGUGGAACUCCGGCUUAUGUAGCACCGGAGGUUAUCAAGAAAAAAGGCUAUGAUGGAGCCAUGGCAGAUAUUUGGUCUUGUGGUGUUAUCCUCUAUGUUCUAUUAGCAGGUUAUCUUCCAUUCAAUGAUAAAAACCUAAUGGACAUGUAUAAGAAGAUUUCAAAAGCAGAUUACAAGUUUCCGCAAUGGUUUCGUCCCGAAGUGAAAAGGCUUCUCAACAGAAUCCUUGACCCUAAUCCAAGAACAAGAAUUACCAUAAACAAGAUAAUGCAAAAUACUUGGUUCAGAAAAGGGUAUAUGCAGAUUGAAGGACCACAGUUACCGCCAUUAUCGCCUACGCGAGGCGAUAUCUCAGAUGUUUAUAAUGCGUUCGACGAUGUAUCAUCACCUUCAAGCUCUAACGGAACUCCGAGAGCAAUGUCUGCUAAAGACAACGAAGAAUAUCCUAUGAAACCAUAUUGUUUCAACGCAUUUGAUAUCAUAUCACUCUCUUCUGGAUUCGAUCUUUCUGGUUUAUUGGAGAAAGAUACGAAUGAAAGAACACAUGCAAGAUUUUCUACAAAAAGACCACCUUAUAUAGUUGUGGCGAAACUGCAAGAGGUAGCCCAAUUAGACGGUAGAUUUAAGGUUAUGAAACAAAAUGGAAUUGUUAGGCUGGAAGGAACUGAGGCAGGGUUAAAUGAACAACUCAGCAUAGAUACAGAAAUUUUUGAAGUUACUUCUUCAUUGUAUAUAGUUGAGGUAAACAAAAUUGCUGGAGAUAUAUUGGAAUAUAGGAGAUUCUGGAACCAGUUCUUAAAGCCUGCUCUAGAUGAAAUUGCUUGGGUUUGGCAAGGAUAUGAGCAGUAUAUGUAGUCAUCUUUUUAAAUUUCAGUCUGCAACCGCAACCACAACAGUAACAUAAACGAUUUGGAGGUCUAUGCCGCAUUUCUUGCUGUAUAUUGGUUUGAAAUUUAAAACCAUGUCAAUAGUAGCUUUGCAAAUAAUCGUAGGCUUCUUUUUUUUUCUUGGAUAGAAGGUGUUCUUCUAUCCGAUUGUCUUACAUAAGU